GGGACGCGGAAUUGGUUGGGGUGGGUGGACGCUUCGGAGGAGCUGCCCGGACAGCCCAUCCUCUUCUUGGAUCCAAGGGGACACCAAUCUGACAGCCAUUCCUCUCUUGGGUUUCCAAGGGGAACCCCAGCAGCUGGCUGGAGAUCCCUGCCGUCAUGUCGAUAGAGAAGAUCUGCGCCCGGGAGAUCUUGGACUCCCGCGGGAACCCCACGGUGGAGGUGGAUCUGUACACGGCCAAGGGUCUGUUCAGGGCUGCAGUGCCCAGUGGCGCGUCCACUGGCAUCUAUGAGGCCUUAGAGCUGAGAGAUGGGGACAAGCAGCGUUAUUUAGGCAAAGGCGUACUGAAGGCUGUGGACCACAUCAACAGCACCAUUGCACCAGCUCUUGUCAGCUCGGGUCUGUCUGUGGUGGAGCAGGAGAAACUGGACAAACUGAUGCUGGAGCUGGAUGGCACUGAGAACAAAUCCAAGUUUGGGGCCAAUGCCAUCCUGGGGGUGUCCCUGGCCGUGUGCAAGGCAGGUGCGGCCCAACUGGAGCUGCCGCUGUACCGCCACAUCGCGCAGCUGGCCGGGAACUCGGACCUCAUUCUGCCAGUGCCGGCCUUCAAUGUGAUCAACGGAGGCUCCCAUGCUGGCAACAAGCUGGCCAUGCAGGAGUUCAUGAUCCUCCCUGUGGGCGCUGAGAGCUUUCGUGAUGCCAUGCGACUGGGGGCCGAGGUCUACCACACGCUCAAAGGGGUCAUUAAGGACAAGUACGGCAAGGAUGCCACCAAUGUGGGUGAUGAAGGUGGUUUUGCCCCCAACAUCCUGGAGAACAGCGAAGCCCUGGAACUGGUGAAGGAGGCCAUCGACAAAGCUGGCUACACAGAAAAGAUUGUCAUUGGCAUGGAUGUGGCAGCCUCAGAGUUUUAUCGAGAUGGCAAAUACGACUUGGACUUCAAAUCUCCUGCUGAUCCUUCCCGGUAUAUCACUGGAGACCAGCUGGGGGCGCUCUACCAGGACUUUGUCAGGAACUAUCCUGUGGUCUCCAUUGAGGAUCCCUUUGACCAGGAUGACUGGGUGGCCUGGUCCAAGUUCACAGCCAAUGUGGGGAUCCAGAUCGUAGGUGAUGACCUGACAGUGACCAACCCAAAGAGGAUCGAGCGGGCAGUGGAGGAAAAAGCCUGCAAUUGUCUGCUGCUCAAGGUCAACCAGAUUGGCUCGGUCACUGAAGCCAUCCAAGCGUGCAAGCUGGCCCAGGAGAAUGGCUGGGGAGUCAUGGUGAGUCACCGCUCCGGAGAGACAGAGGACACAUUCAUCGCAGACCUGGUGGUGGGGCUGUGCACAGGCCAAAUCAAGACUGGUGCCCCCUGCCGUUCGGAGCGUUUGGCUAAGUACAACCAGCUCAUGAGAAUUGAAGAAGAACUGGGUGAUGAAGCUCGCUUCGCAGGACACAACUUCCGCAACCCCAGUGUGCUGUGAUCCCUCUCUGCCUGGAGACUUGGAAUUUCUCUCCUGCCCUCUGACAGCCCAAAAACCUGUUCCCCCAUUCUGCUCUGAGAUAGCUCCCUGGCUGCCCUGCUUCCCAGCUUCUGCAGCCCCUGCUGUGCCUGCUCUCCCAUCUCCCUCUGGCUCUCUCCUUUCUUUCUUUUCUCUCACCUUAGAACCUGGACAUGGGACCCAGGACUCUUAAGGGGGUCCUCGGAAGAAGGAUCAGCGUCUGUGACAGGAGCGUCAGGGUUGGUGGAUGCCAUGUGUCUGGUGCUUUGUGCUGGUCCCACAUGGCUUCUGUGAGGAGACUGAUGCCAGAACUGCGCUGUGUGUGUGUGUGUGGAGGGGGGCAUGCUGGUGCCGUGGACCAAGCCUGGGCUAGGACUUUAGUGUGCUGUUUAUUUAUUUAAUUUUUAUUAUUUAUUUUUCACUUAUCCUGUUAACUAAUCAAUUCCUAUAACUCUAAGCCUCCCCCACCCCUGCCUAAUUUGAGAGGACUUUGUGUGUUUCUCAUGUGGCUGUAGGUUCUGAGAUGACCAGGGGUGGAGGUACUUGCUGGAAUGUUCCCAUGUGCACAGCAGCCCUGACCUGAAGCCUGGGUUUGCCCAGCAGUGGGGGCUGUGCACCUAGGAGCUCCUCCCCCUCCAAAUCUCUCUGCACCCCUCCCUAGCUUCCCUGUUGUCCCUCCAGCUGCCCCAAAGCUGCCUCACUCCCUGCCUCCCACUAUGCCUGGCAGUUGCCCUCUCCCCUGUGGGUUUGACAUCAGCACCACCAUUAAAAUCUGAACCACAGUGCA